UCCCGCUGGCCCCUUCCUCUUCCUCAAGCCCGGCUCGGCGCCUGCGGCGUCCCCGACCAACUGCUGCCUCCCGGGGCUCGGCCGCCGGACGCUUCGGACUUCUCCGACAGCAUCGCUUUGGGUCAGAUAAACUUUUACCCCGUAGAUGACACCAUGUCACAGGAAGAGUGAGCUCUGGCCCAUUUUACCAUGGAGGACUUGGGAAAGACUUUUGGAUCAGAGGAGGAAGAAGCCAACUAUUGGAGAGACCUGGCCAUGACCUACAAGCAGAGGGCAGAGACUACACAGGAGGAACUCCGAGAGUUCCAGGAGGGAAGUCGGGAAUAUGAAGCUGAAUUGGAGACUCAGCUGCAGCAAAUCGAAACCAGGAACCGGGACCUCCUGUCAGAGAAUAACCGCCUUCGGAUGGAGUUGGAGACCGUGAAGGAGAAGUUUGAAAUGCAGCAUUCAGAAGGCUACCGGCAGAUCUCGGCCUUGGAGGAUGAUCUGGCUCAGACGAAAGCCAUUAAAGAUCAGCUGCAGAAAUACAUCCGGGAAUUGGAGCAAGCCAACGACGACCUGGAGAGAGCCAAACGAGCCACAAUCAUGUCCCUGGAAGACUUUGAGCAGCGCUUGAAUCAAGCAAUUGAAAGAAAUGCCUUCCUGGAGAGUGAGCUGGACGAGAAGGAGAAUCUUCUAGAAUCCGUGCAGAGGUUGAAGGAUGAAGCGAGAGAUCUUCGGCAGGAACUGGCUGUGCAGCAGAAGCAAGACAAGCCCCGGACAGCCAUGCCAGGCUCCGCGGAAACCGAAAGGACAGACAUGGCUGUGCAAGCCACGGGCUCUGUGCCGUCCACUCCCACGGCUCCCCGAGGACCCAGCUCCGGUUUCAACACACCGGGGAUAUUCAGACGUGGUCUGGACGGCUCUAACAGUGGAACACCGCUCACACCUGCAGCCCGGAUAUCAGCCCUAAACAUCGUUGGGGACCUGCUUCGGAAAGUUGGGGCCCUGGAGUCCAAACUAGCAUCAUGCAGAAACUUCGUGUAUGAUCAGUCCCCAAGUCGGACAAGUGGGCCAGCCUCAGGUCGAGGAACCAAAACCAGAGAUGGUGGUGACAGACGGCCAAGCAGCACCGGUGUGGGAGAUAAGGGGUCAGGAAAACGCUUGGAGUUUGGGAAGCCGGCCCCACAGCUCUCAUCGCCAGCACUGCCGUCCGCCCAGGGUGUGGUCAAGCUUUUGCUCUAGGAUCGAUGGGAACGGCGCCCUCACCUGUCUGACACCUCUUGUGUUCAGCUUUUGCUUGUUUUAUUUUCGAGUUAGUCUGAAAAAUAAGAGCCGGCAUCACCACCGUUCACUUGGUGCUGUGCGGCCCAAGCUGACAAGGCUGCUGGCCCAGUUCCUGGCAGUGUGUGUCAUAGAAAUGGGCUGCUUGCCGUCCCCACCCCUACCCUAGGCUGCUGAUGGGGCCACACUGGCAUUGGCUACCUAGAGUUUUAAUGGUCUCCAGAGGUGUUUUGAAUAUGCAUGAUCUUCAGGGGGAAUUAGAGCCCAGCUCGGGAGCUCUCCUCUGCAACCUAUUUCCAGCUGGAGCUGUCUUCUGGAACAUUCUCCUGGUGCUUUUACAACAUGGUUAAACUGUGUCUAGGACUGGGAGAUAACAAAGGCAUAAGGCUUUUUUUUUUUCUCUUGAGAUAGUGUUUCUCUGUGUAAUCCUGGCUGUCCUGGAACUUGCUAUGUAGACCAGGCUGGCCUUGAAUUCACAGAGAUCCACCUGCCUCCACUCCCAAGUGCUGAGAUUAAAGGCACGUGCCACCAGCCAGCUCUUUGACACUCUUAAUCGGCCUCAUGAAGGUUUUUAGAGAUGGAUCUGACUCUCAGGUCAGUGGGAGAUGAUCCUUUAUAGAUAAACCCAGCUUUCUAUCUUUUCUGAGUCCCUUGCCCUGAUGUAGGGGUGACAUCUCCAUCAUGGCCCUGAACAACUUGGAGUUGGACUGGCCCUUGUUAAUGCCAUCCCUAAGAACAAGACUCCAUCCAGACAUUGGAGAAUAACCAGGAUGACUAAAAUAUCGGAUUGAGAUCUUUGACUCCCUUGGGAUGUGGGGAAGUCAGCACAGGAACUGCAACCCCAGACUGCUGUCUGUCUGUCUGUUUGUCUGCCUGUCUGUCUGUCUGGUGAAGCCCUGCCUUACUCUUUGGUCUACAAAGAGAAGUGUACACUAAUUCCAGAGCUACUGACUUUCUAGUACGGGGGCAACACUGGCCUUGAAUUGGACCUGGAAUUUUCUGGGUUCUUCUGGCAUUCACAAGGAGGCUUAAGCGGUGUGGCUGUUUGUUCCCCUCAGACAUUCUAACCUGGGAAAAGAUGGACUUUAUUUUUUAUAUUAAUAAUAAUAAUAAAAUCAAAAGAAAUGCC